GUUCUGCGUCACACCGAACGACCGAACGAUCGACUUGACAGAUGAUGUGGCCUAACGUCUAGCGAUUUUUUAUGAAAUAUUAAAUAGAAAUAUUAGAAUGCGAAAAUGAUUGUGUUAAAACUUCUUUUAUUUACGUUGUUUAUCUCAGUGUCAAAAUGCAGGAUCCCUGAUAAAGUGUAUUGUGCUAACAAAGAUUGUAAUGGACCUAUAUCUAAAGUGAAAACAUUACUAAGUUACAAUAGCGGCGAUCCAGACUUAAUAUCUUUUCGCGGAAACAGCGAGGCUAUCGUUUAUAUGAAAUCAGCUGGUACCAAUCCAGACCUUUGGUUUGUGGACAUUGGUGGAAAGACUGGAUUUGUUAAUAAUAAGUUUUUAAGAGAAAUUAAAGUAUUAGAAAAAAAUCUACAAGUUGUUCCAUAUGAGGCUGAGAAACAGGAAAGUGUGAAACCUGACAAAGUACAACAACCUCAUGAAGUAAUUGAAGGUACAACAAUAUAUACCACAGAGUCAGCUGUCAAUGUUGCUCAGCAAGAUACUUCUACAGAGACACCUAGUAAUGAAGAACUCACUCCUUCAUUGAAUAGUGCGGAGGAAAAUGCUAAUGAGGAUGAGGAAGGUGAGGAUCAAGAUGAAGACAAUGUGGAGGAUGAAAAUGUAUCAGAUUCUAAUAAGAAUUCAGAUUCUCAGAAUGAAGAGUCUAAUACAGAUUCACCUAACACAGCUCCUUCAAAUGAAGCAUCAACUACAACCGCUAGUGUCAAUGAGAAUGUAGAAGUGUCUUCUGAAUCCACACCUGAGUCAACAGAACAGACAACUGACAGCAAAUCUGAACAAAGUGAACCAGUGAAAGAACAAGAUAGUGCAGAGCCUCCUAAGGAUGUUCCACCAGAGGCACCACCUCUACAACAGUUGCUAGCUACUAACAGUAACGGUAUGUUGAACAGUGAUUCUGUUAUAGAAGUACCUGAGAAACAAGAUUUCCUACAAAAUACUUUAACGGAAUCAGAACAAAAUGACAGUAAAGAACAAAAUACAUCUUCAGUUAAUAACAAUGCUGAAAAUGCAUCCCAAGAAACUUUGACUGAAACCAAUGUGCCUAAUGGUAAUUCCUUAAAUGAUGUUGUAGAAAAUCUAAAUGGAGAUAUUGUAGAUAAUCCUGAGAAAGAAGCUUCUGUAAACCCUACCAGUGAACCUGAAGUUCCACCUGUAGCUGAACCUGUAGUACCAUCUGUAAAUCAACCUGUAGUUCCACCUGUAAAUGAACCUGUAAUCCCACCUGUAAAUGAACCUGUAGCACCUGCGAAUGAGCCUGUACCGCCUGAAAACGAGCCUGUAGCACCUUCUGUAAAUGAACCACCAGUUCCAACUGUAAAUGAACCAACAGUCCCACCUGUAAAUGAACCUAUAGUUCCGCCUGUAAAUGAACCUAUAGUUCCGCCUGUAAAUGAACCCGUAUUGCUUCCUGUACACGAGCCUGUAGUGCCUCCUGUAGUCAAUCAAAUACACCAAGUUAUACCACCUAUUUACCCUAAUAUUAAUGCAGGUAAUCAACAUAGUGAAGUGCCUCAAGCCACAGUCAUAGAAUCUAAUGAAAAUACUACCCCACCAAAGGAACAGAUGAUACCUGUGUCAAUGGAUGUACCUCCAACAGUUGAACCAGUGCCAGCUCCAUCAACAGAGACAAUACUCCCCAUCUUUACUGAUACUAAUGUUCCAACAACUACAGAGACAAUACCCCCAUUGUUUUCCCAAGAACAGCAAACUGUUCCUCCUGCUGAUACGAUUCCUCCACUGAUGAACAUGGAAGCUCCACCGACAACACAAUUCCCAACACAGGACUUUCCACCUAUCUUCACACAGACAACUACUCCUACACCAAACAUUCCAGAGGAGACACCAAACAAUAUAGAAACACCAGAACCUGCAUCUCAAGAAGAGUCUCCGUUGUCUCCAAAUGCAAGUGUGGAAGAUGUUAUUGCAGCAUUACCAGACUCUACAGAGGAAACAAGUACAUCAACUGAGGCUCCUGUACAAGAUGAGAAUACAGAAGGUUUCUUCUCAAACAUGUAUUCUUCUGUGGCAGACAUCUGGCCAUCUACAACUCAAGCACCAGAACCACUAUACAAUACCGAAUAUCCCACAUAUGAGAGUGAAAAAGCUGAUGGAAAUGAAGGAUUUUCAUUUGUAAAAUAUUUUAUGUCUACCUACUAUUCAAUAAUGGGCACAAGUGAAGAGACAAAAGCAUUGUUUGCUUCAGUCGGGCAAACAUGCUUCAGUGACGAGUACUGUGACGGCACAUCCAACGAUGGCAGCAACAGACUCUUGACGUUCCUUCUGACCACAGCCAGUUCAGUCCUUCUCUUUACUUUGGGAUACUAUUACAUAGAUAAUAGAAGACAAGAUGGAAGACUCAUUGGCACAAUCAAUUCACUACAACGGGAUUUACUUUUCACAACUAAGGAGUGUGAGAUCCUCAAAGAGGAAUUAACAUCUACCAAGAACAAGUUAGCCGGGAUUGAAGACAGCUCAUUUGGUAUGGAUGACAUGGUUCAAUCGCUUAAAGAAGAGAUCAAUGAGCUUAAGGCCACCAAUGAUAGGCUACGGAACUCCUUGGAUGAUAAUGAAAAGUUGCUCAGGGUAUCUGAGAAUACUGCUGGAGAGUUACAGAAUACCCUGAGUGAGGUGGAGAAUACUCUUAGUGAGCUCUUGGCUGAGAGAGCUAACUCUGAAGAGCAAAUAGUGGAAUUAAAUGCGAAAAUUCAAGCGUUUGAAGAAGAAUUAAUAUCAGUAAGUCGUGAACGUGAUAACUUCCAACUGAAGUAUGUAUCAGCUGAGAGUGCACUGGAAGAAUUUAAAAAACAAAAGAAACAACAUGAAAUCGUCAGCCAAAACUUGGCAGAGACUAAAAAUAAAAUGGAGUUACAGGAACACGAAAUUAAAGCCUUAAAAGACGCUAUAAAAGACUUAUCGAAUGGUAUGCCAGCAAAUGUGGACGCUACCACCUUUAUUGAUCACACAGAAAUCAAGGCAAAACUUGCGAAGGCGUUAGAAGAGAGAAAUAGUUUUGAAUCCAAGUUUGAGGUGGAACACCAAGAAAGGACGCGUCUUGCUGAGGAACUGAAGACAACUAAAGAAAGUUUAGCUAGCACAAGUCAGAAUGCGACAGAAGCACUCACAAGGCUGGAAGUGCUAGGGAAGUACUUCCAGGAGAGAGAGGGAGAACUACUCAAGGAGCUAAGCGCCAAAGAAUCGUUAUAUUUGAGCAAGCAAGGCGAGUCAGCUAGUACAGUAGAAAAAAUUGAACUGCUCCAGCAAGAAGUGCAGAGAUACAAGGAAAAAUGCGACGCGCUAACGCUAGAGUUAGCAGAACAAGAGUCGUCGCGUCGCUCGGCACUGAGCGAGGUGGAGACGCGCGCGCACACGGCGUGGCUGGAGGCGCGCCAGGCCAAGCGCGAGCUCGACGCCGCCCGGGACGACGCCGCCGCGCUGCGACGCAAGCUCGCCGCGCUCGGCACCGCCGACGGAGCCGUGUCGCCGCAUCAUAAAGUGUCGUCUCCGCUGGAGCCGGGCGAGGCGGUGCUGCCGCCGCCGCUGCCGGCCAUGUUCCUGCCGCCGCCGCUGCUGCCGCCGCUGCCGCGCCCGCCGCCGCUCGGCAGGCUGCCCUCGCCGCAUCCGCCAAGAUACGGUGACAGGCGCUACUCUCCGGACAGUAGAUACUCGCCAGAGAGUAGAUACUCGCCGGACAGUCGGUACUCGCCGGAGACAGUCAGAUACUCGCCCGACAGUCGGUACUCACCGCGCUCGAGGCGGUCGCCUUACUCGCCCAGGUCGAGGCGGCGAUCGAGAUCCAGGGAAAGGUACGAAGAUCGUGCGCCGCGAUCGCGGAAUGGUCCCGCGCCGCCUUUAGACACUGAAACCGAAUACAACUCAGACAGCCCCACACGCCUGCCUCGCAGACGUGGUAGAUACUCAAGACAUUCAGGGCCUAGCUCAGGUUCAGGUUGUUCCUCAGAAUCGGAUAAAUGAAGCGGUCUCAAUAGGUUACUAUACCAAGAUCUACGCAAUGUAUAAUAUGAUGCCAAAAUUGGUUAUGGUGGUUCACGAAUGUAAUAGUUGUGAGAAAUAAAACAUUUAAAACUUAUGACGUGGAAAAUCUACAGCUUUAUAAUAGUUGCUAUUGGGUUUUAUUCGGUUGUUUCCCUUUAAUAAACCAUACUGUGGUGUGAAGUGAAAAUGAAAAUAUAUGACGGAAAAGGUUGCAAUUUAUUCCAAUGUUGUCUGUGAUUGAACUGUAGCUCUCAAUACGAACUAUUUAGAAAGUAUUGCCAAUAUUAAAUCUACCUUUUAUCAGUGGUCCAGGUUAAUGGAAUUGCAAUUCUAAGUAUAGUCAUUACGACAGCAAAACAAAAUAUAAUCUUUCGAUUAAUUGAAGGCUGAUCAAUAAAAAGUGUUACAAUAUAUUACUUGUAGUUUGAUAGUCAAAUGCCUGAACAGAAGCUGAACACCCUUUUUACAUCAACGCAAUAUAUUUUAUAACUAGAGAAUAAAGUAACCGAGACUGUAUGAUAGGUGCACUUAGAUCACGACAGAUCUUUCCGUACGAGCAACUCAGUAGAAUCUACUUAUAAUUAAACUUUUGAGCCAUAGUUAUCCGGAAAGACUGCUAAUAUUGAAUUAGGGAAAAUAAAUUAUUAUAAUUGUUGAUAAAUAAUCACACGUUGAUUAAUUGAGUAAUUAAAAAAUAAACAGUAAGUCUUCCGUAUCCGCGAUUGUGCAAGUAAACUUGCCAUUGCAAAUAAAAAAACGUCAGUGUUGCCUGGUCAUAAAAAAAAAUAGAAAUAGCAGUAAUGUGGAUUCGGAGAUCCUGCCAGUUAUGUAAGGGUAUAUAAUGUAAAUAAAAUACUCGAACCGAAUGGGAACAUAACAUUAAAAUAAAUAACAGACAAUACCAGUGUCUGCAAUAGUCAUUAUGUUUGGUGCUGUUCUGUAUUACGCAGUCAUCUUUUAACGAAUUUAUUUUUCUAGACAUUUCAAACUGCAUUUAAAAAGCAUAUUAUUUGAACCAAAGCGUUUUUAAUGUUCUGUUCUUGUACCUGAUUCAUUUCUUUUUCAAUUAAUUAUUUUCGUCACUUAAUAAUUGUGUGUUCCUAAUUUAAAUUAUAAUAAAAUUAAGUUCACUUUUAUUUUUUUAUUCAAAGUGUACUUAGAGUUCGCAUUGUAUACCUUUCACUGUUAAUUAAUAAAUAGUUGCCACCUAAGAAUUUAGAAAUUAAAAUAGAAUUAUAAUGUCAAUAGGUAACCCGUCAUGAAAAUUGCAAUCUUUAAUUUAUUGAACAUUUGUUGUUUUGUUUAGUCAGUUAAAUGUAUUAUAAUUAUUAGAUACGAUUUUAAAAUAAAUGAUUUUAUCAUGUAA